CACAUUUUCCUUUAUAAAUCUUUCCCCUCAAUUCUUUUCCUUUUUGAUGAGGACCAACCUCCAUUCACUCAUUUAUUAGCCACGUCCACAGCCAAAAGGAGGACAAACAAAAGCAGGAAGCACAACACAAGUGUGCAAUGUGCAGACUGACAGAGAAAGAGAGGAGAAGAGGAAAAUUUCCCUCACAACUUUUACUCAAAACUGUACUUUCCACUCACUUUCGUUCUCUUCUUCUCGCACUGUUCACCAUCUUUCUCCUCAACCACACAAAACAAACUCCAAACUCGCCGGACGACUAGGAUUCAUAAAAAAGAUAUAUACGAUUAAUCGUACCACAUUUCGCUUCCUUCCUUCGAGAUGGCGGCCGGCGUUCUGCUUUGGGUUGUUGGUCCGAAAGAGAAUGCUGUCAGUUCCUCCGCUCUACUCGGUCUCAUACCCAGAACCGGAGCUGGCGGCGGCGUCGCUUCGCAGUUGGUAACUAGGCCCAGGGGCGCCGGCGCCGGCUCAGGCGCUACAAGCCAGAGGCCGAGAAUUGCGUCGUCGAUGAAUUCGAAUAGCGGGGUGUCUGCUGUGUACUCGAGCACCGCCGCCGUUGCUGCGAGCCCGGCAAGAUCUUCGGAAGAGAAGGUCUACGAGGUGGUGCUAAAGCAGGCGGCGCUGGUGAAGGAGCUGCAGAGACGGUCGGCGGAGGAAGAGGCAGUAGCCGGAACGAUAUCGAAUUGGGAUCUUCUGAACGACGCUUACGAUAGGUGCGGCGAGGUCUGCGCCGAGUACGCCAAAACGUUUUACUUGGGAACCUUGUUGAUGACACCGGAACGGCAAAGAGCUGUGUGGGCAAUUUAUGUUUGGUGCAGAAGGACUGAUGAGCUGGUGGAUGGGCCAAAUGCAACUCACAUCACACCGGAAGCUCUUGAUGGAUGGGAGACAAGACUGAAAGAUCUCUUUGAAGGUCGCCCAUAUGACAUGUUUGAUGCUGCUCUAUCCGACACGGUCACUAAAUACCCUGUUGAUAUCCAGCCCUUCAAGGACAUGAUUGAAGGAAUGCGGAUGGACUUGAAGAAGUCACGAUACCGGGAUUUCGAUGAGCUCUACCUCUACUGUUACUAUGUUGCGGGGACAGUCAGCCUGAUGAGUGUUCCGGUAAUGGGGAUCUCCACGGAAUCAAAGGCUUCCACCGAGAGCGUUUACAAUGCUGCAUUGGCCUUGGGGAUCGCCAACCAGCUAACUAACAUACUACGAGAUGUUGGAGAAGAUGCAAGGAGAGGAAGGAUUUAUCUGCCACAGGACGAGCUGAGGCAAGCUGGGCUCUCCGACGAAGAUAUAUUCAAGGGGAAGGUGACGGAGAAAUGGAGGAGUUUCAUGAAAGGGCAGAUCAAGCGGGCAAGGAUGUUCUUCGAUCAGGCAGAGAAAGGUGUUGGGGAGCUAAACGGGGCGAGCAGAUGGCCGGUGUGGGCAUCUCUAAUUCUGUAUAAGCAGAUAUUAGACGCCAUUGAAGCGAAUGAUUAUGACAACUUCACGAAGCGCGCUUAUGUAGGGAAAGCAAAAAAGUUUGCGUCAUUGCCUUUAGCUUAUGGACGAGCACUUAUGGGUCCACUUUCUAAACGAGCAGCUGACUCGGCUAGGACUUGCUGACUUGUAGGAGUGAAGCGGCCAAUCAUUAAUAUGACUGAAUAUAAGGUUGUUUGUUUUCUCUCUAAAUUUUUGGGAAUUUUGCUACGAUUAUGACUAGAAUAGAUCUGUAAAUUCUCCCUCCUGCUUAAUUUUUGUAAUGAAAAUGAUGAUAUUUGUAUUUGGUGCACCCACUCAUUCUUUUUAGCGCAUAUUAGAACAUUC